AGUGGUGUUGAUGUGGGACUGCAUGAGCGGUUUAGUAGUUUGAGUCUCAGAAACUCUUCCCUGAAUGAUCUUAAUAUUUCAUUAUCAAAGUCACAUAGCCAGGGCUGUUCUCAUACUUCGGAAUCAACUUCGCCCCCGCACACUUCUGAGCAGAUCAUACGACAGCCUAAUAUUCCUGGACCGGGAUUUGAAUUGUACUUCAGUCAAGAUGAUGAUGGCGACACACAACUGCACAUAGCGAUCGUUGAAGGAUUCAUUGAAGUUGUGUACAGCUUAAUUAGAAUCAUUCCUUUGCCGUGCUAUCUUGACAUCCUGAAUGAUUUGGUGCAGACUCCUCUGCAUUUGGCAGUAUUAACACAUCAGGCUCGCAUCGCACGAUGCCUCCUAGUUGCUGGAGCGAACGUGUAUAUCAGAGAUAGUCGUGGCAACACGGCACUCCACCUCGCAUGUCAGACAGGAGACUUAGAAUGUGUAAAAGCUUUGACGGAACCCGUCACUGUAGCAGAGACAAAUUCUGCAAACCUAAAGUAUGCCGGAUUCAUGCAACAAGUUCCUCAGAACCUUGAAGAACGCAACUACGACGGUCAAAUGUGCGUACAUUUAGCGGCCAUUGGAGGUCAUGUGGAUAUUUUAAGGCAUCUCGUGUGGUUCGGAGCCAACAUCAAUGCUAGGGAUGGUAAAGGUGGUAGAACGGCAAUGCAUUACGCAGUUGAGUAUGGAAUCCAGAAGGUCGCUAAAUUCCUCCUCGAAGAAUGCCUCGUUGGUCCGAGAGCGGUGCAGCUAGAGAUGCCAACCUACGCUGGGUACACGGCGUACCAACUUGCAGCCUGCAAUGGCUCGGCUCUGACAGUGGAGCUCGCAGAUAAGGGUGCCCUCCGCAGGAACAUGCCCGAGGACGAAGAAUCCGAUUCAGACUUUAGUGACGAAGAGAUGUACGGGAUUUCAUCUGACAAUUAUUUUAGCAGUCACAGACUCAACGGAGAGCCGAUCGACAUCAGAGCUUAAAAUAACGCGAUCAGCGCAUCGAAAUGAAUGAGACGGCGACAUAGAUACGUGAUGAUUUGUGCAAGGCAUGAAAAAUGUAUAAUUCUUGUGCAGUUGGAUAGGCAGGGCUGAGUUGGUUCUGAUGUCAUUGAUAAUUUUGUGACCUCCAAAAGCCUUUUGCCUCGACCUCCUCCCUCCUUUCCUCUUUUAACUUCGCGUAAUUCCAAGGUUGUCGAGCGGGGAAAUUGGUCAACAAGAGAGAGAGAGAGACUCGAGUCGCAAGGUAAGCAACCAGGAUCGUCCUGACGAUUCUGUUUCGACUUCACACGCAAAUUUCUGGAUGUGAUUCCAGUGAGUUCCUACAGCUGAUGGUACCGAAUCUUUCGAGAUGGCAAAUUUCAUUACUUUACUCUCUUAAAACACUUUGAAGUGUUUCUUAAGUCUUGUUAGCCAAUUUCUCUCAUCAUUUUACUUUGUUGAACAAAAAAUUUCUGCAACUUUUCUUUUUUGUUAAAAAAAUAUAUAAGUUUUUAAUAACAGUUCUUAACCACCCUUAUUUGGGUUUAAAGUUAAAAAAAAAAAAAUUUGGUUAUUCGAACUGUGCUAUCGUACGACUGACACAGAAAGGAACGGCCUUUGUAAGAUUGUGCACCUGUGGAUGACGUCAGGCUCGAACGCGCAGGCGCAGUGAGUCCUGUUCGUAUCGUUCUAUAACCUCAGCUGCUUUGUACCUGCGUUGAUUCGUGCACGUACUUUUGUCACGUAAAUAUCUAGGGUGAAAAUUAAGCUGGAAGCUCGUUAUGUAGGCAAAUGCAGAAGUCUACAAAACUUUAUCCCAAAAAUAAAAAUGAAAAUAUUGAUCUAAAAGCUAAGAUAUUGAAUUAUGAUGUGAAAUUGAUAAUAUCAGACUCUUUAAAAAGCUGGAGCAAUGAUUCAUCGUCAUUUAUUCUUUAGAUAAAUUCUAAAGGUACUUGGCUUAUCGUCGUAAAUGCUGGUAGGUAACCCGCAACAUGAUGGACACUGUUCCUAAGCGUUUAUUAGUCAUUUUGAAGGAUCAGCGAAAGAAUCAACAGAUUCUUAAAGUAAUUAUUAUUCAUCAGAUCUAUCUCGAAUAUAAGAACGAACUCGCGUGAGAUAUUCAGUACGUUUCGCUGUUAACACGUUCACUGCCAUACGCGUCGAUCUACGUCGAAAAUGUUGUUGGACGCAUCUGGUUUUAAACUUUCACAAAUGACGAAGGAAGCUUUGAUGUAUUCACUUUCUGUAAAUAUAUUUGCCUCUUUCGACUACGUGUGUGAAAAAAUGAAGGCAGAAUUGGCGAUAACCUUUAAAUUUCACGCAAUUUAUGCUCGUGUAAUAUGUUUAGAAAAAGAAAUCAGACGUUUUCAAGUGUUACGAUUAAAAUAAUUAUUACGUUGAAUGGCUCGGAAGACAGUUUUGCCUUCGAUGGUGCACUGAGCGAUCCUUAAUAGGCUCCACAAUUCUGUUUGAUGAUAAUUAUACCAGAAAGGUUGUCGCCACAACAUCUUUGGACUCUUAUUUCUACAAUUUCCUUUUCUGAAUUGGUGUUUUUUUGUGUUAUGUCGUACAGAUUUAUUUCUGUGUGCUCUGUAUUUAUUAUAAUGGUGCAGUUUGAAUAUAAAAAAUGGCUAGGAAGUAUGAAAUAUGUUAGGUUGAACGUCUGAAACUGUAUGUACCUGUGCUAAUUAAUAAGUAGGACACGAUGCUGAGGUGUUCUCUCAAGCUGACGAUAUAAAUCAAUUAUUGUUAUUUAUUAAGAGUUCUGAUUAAAUAUACUGUCGCUUAAUGUGCCUUUUAAAUAAGAUGUAAGUUUCACGCGGAGAUUACGACCAGAGUUAAACAGUGUUCUCGGGAAUCUUAGUCAAGUUCAGUCACUGCCUUAUUAAUUUUUUGUUGUUGAAUUUGGCAAAUUAGAAAAGCUUGCACCAAUUAUUUAUGUUUUUUUUUAAAAAAUAAAUAAAUAUCCGUUUAUCUACGUGAGCAGAUAUAUGAAGAACAUUGUUUAACACACUGUGUUUCUAAUAAAGAAGUAUUUAGCUAUUAUUCAGGUACGUGUAAAGUAUGUGAAUAUCCAGCAGUUGUCAUGUUUAACAAUCUCUUGUUUCUAGGGUUGAUUUGUAAAUAAAUAUAUGUAACAUUAUUUUAGUAACAAAGAAACUUGCAUUGAAUAAAAUGCGGUGAAAAUAUA